CGCGCGCAUCCAUCCGUCGAGAUGUCGGCACGCAAGAUCCUCGGCGCCGCGGCGCGGGCCGUGGGCGCGCGCAUGGGCGGCGCGCCCGCGCCGUCCACCUGGACGCGCCCCGCCGCGUGCGGGUUCGCGACCUCGGCGUCGGCGGGCGCCAACAAGCCCGCUUACCAGAUCAUCGACCACGAGUACGACGCCGUCGUCGUCGGCGCCGGCGGCGCCGGUCUGCGCGCCGCGAUCGGCCUCAGCGAGCAUGGCCUGAAGACGGCGUGCGUCACCAAGCUGUUCCCGACGCGCUCGCACACGGUCGCCGCGCAGGGCGGCAUCAACGCCGCGCUCGGGAACAUGACCGAGGACGACUGGCGCUGGCACGCGUACGACACGAUCAAGGGCGCGGACUGGCUCGGGGACCAAGACGCGAUCCAGUACAUGUGCCGCGAGGCGCCCAAGGCGGUGAUCGAGCUCGAAAACUACGGCCUGCCGUUCUCGAGAACCGACGACGAGAAAAUCUAUCAGCGCGCGUUCGGAGGCCAGAGCCUCGAUUACGGCAGAGGCGGGCAAGCGUACCGCUGCGCGUGCGCGGCGGACCGGACCGGGCACGCGAUGUUGCACACGCUGUACGGCCAAGCGCUGAAGCACGACACGCAGUUUUUCGUAGAGUACUUCGCGCUCGACCUCAUCAUGGACCGAGGCGAGUGCGUCGGCGUCGUCGCGAUGUGCAUGGAGGACGGGACGAUCCAUCGGUUCCGAUCGCACAAGACGAUCCUCGCGACCGGCGGGUACGGCCGCGCGUACUUCAGCGCCACGAGCGCGCACACGUGCACCGGGGACGGGAACGCGAUGGUGGCGCGCGCGGGUUUGCCGCUGCAAGACCUCGAGUUCGUGCAGUUCCACCCGACGGGGAUCUACGGCGCCGGGUGCUUGAUCACCGAGGGAAGCCGCGGCGAGGGCGGGAUCCUGCGCAACAGCGAGGGCGAGCGGUUCAUGGAGCGGUACGCGCCGACGGCGAAAGAUCUCGCGUCGAGAGACGUCGUGUCGAGGUCGAUGACGAUGGAGAUUCGCGAAGGGCGCGGCGUCGGCCCGGAGAAGGACCACAUCUACCUCCACCUCAACCACCUCCCGCCCGAGAUUCUCGCGGAGAGGCUCCCGGGCAUCUCGGAGACCGCCGCGAUCUUCGCGGGCGUGGACGUCACGAAAGAACCCAUCCCCGUGAUCCCCACCGUGCACUACAACAUGGGAGGGAUCCCUACCAACUACAAGGGCGAAGUCCUCACCAUCGGGUCGGACGGAAACCCCGACACCGUGGUGCCCGGUUUACUCGCCGCCGGCGAGUGCGCGUCCGCGUCGGUGCACGGCGCGAACCGCCUCGGCGCGAACUCGCUCCUGGACAUCGUCGUCUUCGGCCGCGCGUGCGCGAACACGGUGUCGGAGACGCUGAAGCCCGGGAUGCCGCACCGGAAGCUCGCGAGCGAUUUCGGCGAGCACGCCAUCGCGCACUUGGAGUCGGUUCGAAGCGCGAGCGGCGCGCACUCCACGGCGUCGGUGCGAAAGGCGAUGCAGCGCGUCAUGCAGGACGACGCCGCGGUGUUCCGCACGCAGGAGACGCUCGCGGAGGGGUGCGUCAAGAUUGACGAGGUGGCGUCACGGUUGGAGGACCUCGACGUCACGGACAAAUCUCUGGUGUGGAACACGGACUUGAUCGAGGCGCUCGAGCUGCACAACCUGAUGCCGAACGCGCAGAUCACGAUGCACAGCGCGGAGCAGCGCAAGGAGUCGCGAGGCGCGCACGCGCGGGAGGAUUUCCCGAAUCGCGACGACGUGAGUUGGAUGAAGCACACGCUCGGGUUCGUGGACGAGAAGCGGAAAGUCAAGAUCGACUACCGCCCCGUGCACUCGCAGCCGCUGGACGACGAGAUGGAACACGUCCCGCCCAAGGCGCGGGUGUACUAAAAAAGAACGCGGCGCGAACGAGGAGGACGGCGGGGCGGUCCGGUCGACGCGCUGUCCCACACUUGAUGAUUGAUUGAUUGACGAUGGAUGACGAUGAUUGCGAACGAGCGAGGACGGACGGAAGGUUCUCAAACAAACGUAAUCCAUCGAUUG